GUGCCCGACCUUGCGCACGAGCAGCACGAUGCCUCAGCGUCCUGCAGCGAGGAAUAAACUCAUUAUGCCUUGUUUGCUGUCGGAUCGCGUCUACGUCGUCGACACUGGCACUGACCCACGCACUCCCACCAUCCACAAGAUUGUCGAACCAGAGGAAUUUGUUGGGAAAACUGGCCGUCGAACACCGCACACGUCCCAUUGCUUGUCAUCCGGAGAAAUCAUGAUUUCAACUAUGGGUGACGAAAACGGGAAUGGCAAAGGAUCAUUCGUGCUCCUUGAUGGAAAUACUUUUGAAGUCAAAGGAACUUGGGAAAAGGACCAAGACUCCUUGCCCUUGGGCUAUGACUUCUGGUAUCAGCCGUUCCAUAAUGUCAUGAUAUCCACGGAAUGGGGAUUUCCGAAAGCUUUCAAGACCGGCUUUAAUCCGACCCACGUCGCCGAAGGGAUGUACGGCACCAGUUUGAACGUGUGGGACUGGAAGAAGCGGGUUCUGAAACAGAAAAUCGAUCUCGGGCCGGAAGGUUUGAUCCCAUUGGAGAUCAGAUUUUUGCACGACCCGAAAGAGGCUCAAGGUUACGUCGGAUGUGCGCUUUCUUCAACAGUAUUCCGAUUUUACAAGAAAGACGACAGUGACGAUUGGGCAGCGCAAAAAGUGAUCUCGGUUCCUGCGAAAAAGGUUGAAGGCUGGGCUUUGCCAGAAAUGCCAGGUUUGAUUACAGACAUCAUAAUCUCCCUGGACGACAAAUUCGUCUACUUCAGUAACUGGCUUCACGGCGACAUUCGCCAAUACGACAUUUCAACGCCGGACAAACCGAAGCUCGUGGGACAAAUUUUCCUGGGCGGAUCGAUUCACAAAGAGUCCAAGGUAAAGGUGAUCGAAGACGAAGAGUUAAAGGAACAACCAGAGGCGAAGUACGUGAAAGGCAAGCGGAUUCUGGGUGGGCCACAAAUGAUACAAUUGUCACUAGACGGAAAACGUCUCUACGUCACCAACUCUUUGUUCACGUCGUGGGACAAGCAGUUUUACCCGGAAAUGGUCGAGAAAGGAUCUAUGAUGCUUCAAGUUGAUGUGGAUACUGAAAAAGGUGGUCUCCGCUUGAAUGAAAACUUCCUUGUCGACUUUGGUGAAGAAUCGGACGGGCCAGUUUUGGCGCACGAAAUAAGAUUCUUAUCAACCUCCCAGUGCGACAAAUGUGACCCGCCACCGUGUCCACCGGCGCCGCCGCUUCCGGAUAUUUGCAAGCCGCCAAAGAAGUCGUUCAAAGUACCCGAGUGUCCCAAACCGUGUCCACCUCCGCCGCCGCCACCAUGCCCGCCCCCAGCACCCGCGUGUCCACCGCCUCGUUGUCCAUUGCCGGAGAGGCCGCCAUGUCCGCCGCUGUGUCCACCGAAGGUGGAAUGCUUGCCACCGUGUCCGCCAAAGCCGUGUCCGAAACCGAAGCCCAUUUGUCCGCCGCAGCCCUUGGCGGAGUGUCCCCCGCUGCCCGGACCGCCUUCCGCUCCAAAAUCUUCGUGCGGCUGCGGAAAAUCUCUGGUCCCCAAGCCAUGCUGUCCACCAGAACCCAGCAUCUUUGACUACUUUCCCAGCUGCCAAUGCCUUGGUCAAAUGCUUAUCUUCCCAGUCCUGGGGCUAUGGGUUUUUGCCGCCAUGAGCACUCUUCAGGCUCGAGAAGAAGCCCCACCGCCGCCGGGCGACACCUGGCCGACGGGAACAUAUCAACAAGGACAUGAAGAAAUCACACACUCCGAAGACCUAAAUAUCGGAGAAGUCCUACGUGGCGUACCACUCAACACCUGGACAGAAGCAGAUCUUCCACCGACACCAAAGUUCGACUUCAUUCAGCAAUUCCAUGAACACGCAGCUGCAAAAAGGAGUCGAAAUGUGGGGGAAACCUCCCGUGUUUCCGCCUUGACCAACUAUUUCAACAGAUGGAUCCUGAGUCGACCAUCUGCCCUGAAUCCGGAAGUUUGUCCACCACAACCGAAUCCCUGUGGUUACCAGUAUAUCCCGUGCACGUGCGUUUACAAGUGCGCCAAAUGCGAGGAUCCGUGCAAGACCGGAUCCUCCUGGUGGAAGGAUCUCCUUACGCUUGCAGCCCUGAUGGCAGCUGCUUUGGCCGCUUGGAAGGGCUAUGAGUAUUGGUGCAAUAAGUUGCCACCGAACGACGGGCCAAAAGAUGAGCCGAAACCAUUGAUUCAACGAGUGAAACAAAAGGUUCCUCCCAUCAAGCCACAAUCGGAUAUGAUCCCAGAACCGGAUCCGUACUUUGAUGCCCCACUUCCACCAACACCAGAACCCGAACCGAUCCCGAAAACGGACUCCGUCAUCCCUGAGCCGAGUCCUCUUUUCAAAGCACCUGCUCCGCCUCCAGCACAAAGUCCUCCUUUCACAGCACCUGCGCCUCCAACACCGAGCAAUACUGAAUCAACAAAAUCCAUCAUGAAAAUUGAACCUUCGGAACCUAUCACCGAGGAAAAGAAGAUAACAAUUGAGGAACCGCACGUCUCUGUAGCCACUAACCUGGAGGAAAGCAUCAGCCUUCAAGGCGGUAUCGAGGAAGAAUCCGCUGUCAACACAGACGCCGCAACAAACAAACUGAUUUGUGAAGACGACGAUGAGGAGCAGGAGGAAGACGAUUCCUGCUCUUGUGAAGAAACACCGAGCGAUUCCUGCCCAAGAAGUCCCUGGGAAGAUCCGUGCAAGCGCAGAUCACGAUCACAGAUUUUAUACCCGAUCGUGCGGGUCCAGUCAUCGAAGGACCCGUGCAUCGGUGAGCACAGAAGAGAAAUUAGCGGCGGGAAUAAGUACAGGAAGAAGAAGAAGGCCAAGAAGGAAAGGGGCAAUGACAAGCUGACACUGCUACUUUUGUCUGCCUUCUUUAGCUCGUACUCCGCGUUGUUUCUUACGCCUGUACUAGCUACGUCCUUGUCUAGAGUGACGUGA